GAGGGAGCACAGGGGUGGGGACGGCAGGGCGGCCUGUGCCCCGGGGGGCAUCGAGGGUGCGGGCGGCCCACGGGGUGUGAAGGACUCGACGGGGGUCAUGUUUUGGUGCCGUGCACACAGGUAUGUGUGUGCAAGGGGACGUGACGGGAGCGGCAACAGCGUGUGUGCUGAACGGGCACUGGGAGACUUAAAGCCCAGAGAGGAGGUGUGAUUUGCCUAAGGUCACACAGCAACGUGGCCGCUCAGCUCCCCAGUUACUGUACUGGCUGCGCCUCUCCUGCCAUCCUGCCCACUCCCAUCUGUGGCCUCCCAGCCCGUCCAUGGCUGCAGACGACAGAAAAGUGGCAGUUCCCAAGGAUGGGCCUUCUGUGGUCUCCUGGGUCCCUGAGGAGGGAGAGAAGUUGGACCAGGAAGGCAAGGACCAGGUGAAGGAUCGGGGCCAGUGGAGCAACAAGAUGGAGUUCGUGCUGUCCGUGGCCGGGGAGAUCAUCGGGCUGGGCAACGUCUGGAGGUUUCCGUACCUCUGCUACAAAAACGGGGGAGGAGCCUUCUUCUUCCCCUACUUCAUCUUCUUCUUCACCUGCGGCAUCCCAGUGUUCUUCCUGGAAGUGGCGCUGGGCCAGUACACCAGCCAGGGCAGCGUCACAGCCUGGAGGAAGAUCUGCCCCCUCCUCCAGGGCAUUGGCCUGGCGUCUGUGGUCAUCGAGGCCUAUCUGAACGUCUACUACAUCAUCAUCCUCUCCUGGGCCCUCUUCUACCUGUUCAGCUCCUUUACCUCCGAGCUGCCCUGGACCGCCUGCACCCACUCCUGGAACACAGAGGGCUGCGUGGACUUCCUGAACCGCUCGGCAGCCAGCGCAGCGGCCCCGCCCGUGAACUUCACCUCCCCCGUCAUGGAAUUCUGGGAGAGACGUGUUCUGGGCCUCAGCUCCGGCAUCCACGAACUGGGGGCCCUGCGCUGGGAGCUGGCCCUCUGCCUCCUGCUUGCCUGGGUCGUCUGCUACUUCUGCAUCUGGAAGGGGGUCAAGUCCACGGGCAAGGUUGUCUACUUCACAGCCACGUUCCCCUACCUGAUGCUGGUCAUCCUCCUGAUCCGAGGCGUCACCCUGCCUGGAGCCUACGAGGGCAUCAUCUACUACCUGAAACCAGAUUUGCUUCGGCUCAAGGACCCCCAGGUGUGGAUGGACGCGGGCACCCAGAUCUUCUUCUCCUUCGCCAUCUGCCAGGGGUGCCUGACGGCCCUGGGCAGCUACAACAAGUACCACAACAACUGCUACAGGGACAGCAUCGCCCUCUGCUUCCUGAACAGCGCCACCAGCUUCGUGGCGGGGUUUGUGGUCUUCUCCAUCCUGGGCUUCAUGUCCCAGGAGCAGGGGGUGCCCAUCUCUGAGGUGGCCGAGUCAGGCCCUGGUCUGGCCUUCAUUGCCUUCCCCAAGGCUGUGAGCAUGAUGCCCCUGUCCCAGCUGUGGUCCUGCCUCUUCUUCAUCAUGCUCAUCUUCCUCGGGCUGGACAGCCAGGCAGCUCCGGAAGAGCGGGCGGCGGGAGCUCCUGAUCCUCGCCAUCGCGGUCAUUUGCUACCUGCUCGGGCUCUUCCUGGUCACCGAGGCCUGGAGCAGGGAGGGGCGCACACUCAGAGUGAGGUGGCCGCAACUCGGCAACUUCCGGAAGGUGGGAUGCUGGACAGACAGCACAGUGGCGGGAUGUACAUCUUCCAGCUGUUUGAUUAUUACGCCUGCAGUGGCACGUGCCUGCUGUUCCUUUCCGUGUUUGAAGUGAUCUGCAUCGGCUGGGUGUAUGGGGCCGACCGUUUCUAUGACAACAUGGAGGACAUGUUUGGCUACCGGCCGUGGCCCCUGGUGAAGAUCUCCUGGCUCUUCCUGACCCCGGGCCUUUGCCUGGCCACUUUCCUCUUCUCCUUGAGCAAGUACACACCUCUCAGAUACAACAACGUCUACGUGUACCCAGCCUGGGGCUACUUCAUCGGCUGGUUCCUGGCGGGCUCCUCCAUGGGCUGUGUCCCACUCUUCAUCGCCGUCGCCCUCCUGAAGGCCCAGGGUUCCUUCAAGAAGCGCCUGCGGCAGCUCGUCACCCCUGACCCCAGCCUGCCACAGCCCAAGCGAUACCUGUGUCUGGACGGUGGCAGCAGCCAGGACUGCGGGCCCUCCCCAACGAAGGCAGGUCUCAUGGCUGGGGAGAAGGAGACGCACUUGUAGGAUGUGGCCGGAAACCAGGUGGCUACUGAGCCAGGAAGCUGGGUCAGGGCCCCCGUGCCCCCGGCGGACAGCCUUCACCUCUGCCCCCUCCCGCAGCCCUGCCGAGAAGCUCUGUGAUGUCCGUGGGCAGCCCCUCCCGGUGGGCUAGAGACGGUGCCGCCGGAGCCUGCCGUGCCUGUUGGAACACCCCGUCUUAUCUGUGAAGGCGGAGGUCUUUGUGGAGCCCACCGUCUGGUUAGAACAGCUGCAGUGUGCAAUAGCGGGACCGCCCAGUGUAGCGAGGCUUCCUCUUAGCACUUGCGAUCUCUGUGCUUGGGGAGGGUAGCGCCCGUAGAGAUACACGCCACGUUGCAUGUGACAGCUGAACACCCCACGCUGGAUCCUGACGCUCCACUGGAGGGCUCCCUCACCUGGCUUAGUGUCCUGGAGCCCGCGGGAAGGAACCAGAGAAACGGCCACCGUUGUCUUGCGUUUUCGCGGAGGUGGUGUCUCAAGGUGUCCCCAGCUCCAGCCCUAGUUCCACGCCGGCCUUGCAGUGCUGUCCUUAACACACAGAACAAUGGGGUGGCAGGGGCUCAGGAUGGCCCCUGCACUUGGCAAAUAGGCACGACCACGGGCCUGCACCCAGGACAGACGUGGCUAGUCGAUCUCAGGUUCUUCCCCAGCUGAUAGCCUUCCAAAGACAGUGUCCCCGGCAGCUCCGUUUGCCAUCCUGCCUUUGUCCCGACCCCGACUUCAUGGAUGAGGAAACUGAGGAACCCAAGAGACAAAAUGAUUUUUCGAGUUCAUGAAGCUCCUCGGGGCCAGAGACACGACUAAAGCCGGGUCUCCUGCUCUCAGGCCGGUGUCCCUCCCACUGCCCCCUCCUGCCUUGUUAACAAGCACCCAUGGAUCGCC